ACAGACAGGCAAAUAUUUGUCAAACUAGUAGCUAUCGUUAGCUAGUAAGCUGGGAGUAGAGAAAUCAUAACAUUUAAAAUUUAUUUAUUUUAUUUUGACACGCUUGUGUGUUCGCCAAGAGUUUAAUUUUUCGAGUUAACAGGAUGUCAACUCCAGCUAGGCGACGUUUAAUGAGAGACUUUAAACGGCUGCAAGAAGAUCCUCCAGCAGGAGUUAGUGGAGCCCCAUCGGAAAACAAUAUCAUGGUAUGGAACGCUGUCAUUUUUGGACCAGAGGGAACACCUUUUGAAGAUGGAACCUUCAAACUUACCAUUGAAUUCACAGAGGAAUAUCCAAAUAAACCUCCCACAGUGCGAUUUGUCUCCAAAAUGUUUCAUCCAAAUGUGUAUGCAGAUGGCAGCAUAUGCUUAGAUAUACUUCAGAAUCGUUGGAGUCCAACCUAUGAUGUCUCUUCAAUUUUAACUUCAAUACAGUCUUUACUGGAUGAGCCAAACCCAAACAGUCCAGCCAACAGCCAAGCAGCCCAGCUCUACCAGGAAAACAAACGGGAGUAUGAGAAGAGGGUUUCUGCUAUUGUUGAACAGAGUUGGCGUGACUGUUGACCUUUGUUGUCUUUGGAGCAUGAAGUGUUCAGCCCAGAAUCAAGAAACCACAGAUCAAGAAAACAAAUCUCACAGAUAUGACACACCGUAAAAACCUUCAGUAUAUUUGUCCCCGAACUGUUGCAAAAUUUGUAUCCUGUUGUGUUGUGGCAUUCUCUUCUGCCGAAUGCUGUUGUUGGGCAAUAGUGAAUGUUUGUUCAGAGUUAAUGUACCUUGUUAUACUUGGGUUACUUGCUAUGUGCCACAACAGUUGUCUCCUCUCCCCCCCUUUUUUGUGUGUGUGUUUUUUAAGAAUUUGUUACAGCCAGUCUCUCAACUUGUCACUUAUCCACCUAAUAAUACAUACAGGAAGUAAACUGGUUGUAUAUAGUGACAGUUAAGUAGAUGUGCUUGCUGUGGUUUGUUGUGUAGAUACUCCGUUUGUAUUUAAUCUCUCCUCCAGACCCCCCCCCCCCUUUUUUUUAUUUUUAUUUUUUGUGUGUGUGUGUGUUUUGUUUCAAGUCCCCCCCUCUCUUUGCAUGUUGAAAGCCUUUUGGAGGGAUAGAAAAUUAACCUGGCAUGGGCAUCCAUCUCUCCAACAACUCAACAAAUGCCUUUUGGGGGUCUUUUUUCAGCUUCGUUUUACAGGCAUGCCUUUUAAAUUUAAAAUCUUCUAAAUAUUGGUAAACAUGACCUGCUUCGAUACAGGGAAAAGACAUAGUGUACCCUUACUGGGCACUUAAUUUAACUUUACACAGUCCCGUAAUUCUAACAUCUAACCCAUUUAGACAUCAGAUGGAUCUACCCAUUGCCAUACUUACAGGACACCUUAAGUCCUUAUGGGUUAGGCUAUAAAAUAUUUCAAUAAAAUUUUGCAAUCUGACAAGUCAGCCAUCAUAAAAAUCUGAUAACACUGUUUAAACAGGAUGGUGUCUGUUUUCUUAAGACUUUGCACUGGUAACCCAUAUAACAAACUGUACAUUCUCUUGUAAAUAAAAUAAAUAUACAUCA